AUGAGAGAAGCCAACUGGAAGAACUCGGACAAGUACUUCCAUGCAAGAGGGAACUACGAUGCUGCCCAGAGGGGACCCGGAGGUGCCUGGGCAGCUGAAGUUAUCAGGCAAUGUAUUAAAGAGGAAAUAUAUUCUAUUGCAGCAAUGGAGGGAGACAGUAGACCAAUGGGCGCGGAGGAAAAACCCAGCAGACGCGCUGCUGACCAAGCGGCCAACAACUGGGGACGAAGUGGCGGAGAUCCUAAUGUGUACCGUCCUGAGGGACUUCCUUCACAGUACUGA